AUGGCCAUCGCAAGUGGGUCGUGGGUAGCCACCGUGAACCACCACAGCUUCGCCUCUCCGACCAAACCCGUUUUCUUUCCUACCCAAAAGCCUCACAGUUUCCAUGUCUGUUCCUCUCGAUGCUCUCUUGUCCUUGAGGAAGAUGAAAAGAAGUCACCGAGUCCCAAACAAGACAAGUGGCCAUUUUUAGAACCCGAUCCGGAUGGUCUCAACCGGGUCUUAUCCAGGUUGCUCCGAGACCCGGAAACCCGGAAACUUUCUCAUGAAUUCUACGAGAAAGCUAAGGAGAACUCAGAGUUUAGGACGACCAAACAUCUCAUCAAUCACUUGGUGAACUCCAAGAAUUGGGACUUGCUCGUCUCGCUUUGUGAGGAUCUUAGGGAAUGUAAAGCAUUACCCGAUGCUCAUACGUGUUCGAUACUGAUCAGGAGUUGUAACAGAGAACGAAAAUUCCGAAUCACGCAUUGUUUGCUUAACGUGUUUAGAUCAGACAAAUCAUUGGCAGUGUCUGCAUCUGAUUCGGCGAUGAAAGGCUUUAACAAGCUUCAGAUGUAUAGUAGUACGAUCCAAGUGUUUGAUAGAAUGAAAGCUCAUGGAGUUGAGCCAAGCCCGGGAUGUUAUUGCAGGAUAAUGGAGGCUCAUGAGAGGAUUGGUGACAAUCAAAAGGUGGUUGAGUUAUUUCAAGAGUUUAAGAAGAGUGUGAGGUUGAGUUUCUUGGCCAAGGAAUCAGGCUCCAUCUACACCAUUGUAUGCUCGUCUCUUGCGAAAUCAGGACUCACAUUGGAAGCUCUAGAGGUUUUGGAGGAGAUGAAAGAUAAAGGAAUUCCGGAGAGUAGUGCAUUGUACUCUACGCUGAUCCGUGCCUUAGCGGAAGCGCAAGAGGUUGUAAUGGUCGAGAAGCUAUUCAAAGAAGCAGGAGAGAAGAAACUGUUGAAGGAUCCAGAAAUGUGUUUGAAGGUUGUAUUGAUGUAUGUACGAGAAGGAAAAAUGGAGAAAACUCUAGAGGUUGUGGCCGCGAUGAGAAAGAGCGAAUUAAAUGUCUCUGAUUGCAUUCUCUGCGCGGUUGUGAAUGGAUUUUGUAAACAAAGAGGUUUUGCAGAAGCAGUUAAGGUUUAUGAAUGGCUUAUGAAGCAAGAAUGCGAGGCUGGGCAAGUGACUUACGCAAUAACCAUCAAUGCUUACUGUCGACUAGAGGAGUACGACAAGGCUGAAACGUUGUUUGAAGAGAUGGUGAAGAAGGGAUUUGACAAAUGCGUUGUCGCAUACUCAAACAUUAUGGAUAUGUACGGGAAAACAGGGAGGCUAAGCGAUGCGGUGAAACUCAUGGCUAAGAUGAAACAAAGAGGAUGUAGACCCAACAUUUGGAUUUACAAUUCCUUGAUUGAUAUGCAUGGAAGAGCUAUGGACUUGAGGCGGGUUGAAAAGAUAUGGAAAGAGAUGAAGAGGAUGAAGGUGUUGCCGGACAAGGUGAGUUACACAAGCAUGAUCAGUGCAUAUAAUAGAGCAAAAGAGUUGGAGAAAUGUGUGGAGCUUUACCGGGAAUUUAGGAUGAGCAGAGGAAAGAUUGAUAGGGCCAUGGCAGGAAUCAUGGUUGGUGUAUUCUCCAAAACCAGCAGGAUUGAUGAGCUAAUGAGGCUGUUGCAGGACAUGAAAGUUGAACGAACCAAGCUAGAUGCGAGGCUCUAUACCUCAGCUUUGAAUGCUCUGCGUGAUGCGGGUCUCAAUUCCCAGAUUAGAUGGCUGCAGGAAAGCUUUAACACUGCACAAACUAGUACUUCAAGAUAUUCGAAUACCAAGAACCUACGAACUUUGCAGGGUUCUUGA